GCGGCUGCAGCGGCAGGCGGGCAAGGGGACAGCUGGAGCCCCGACGCGUGGCCUGAGCCCAGACCCUCGGCCAUUCUCCACCAUGGCUCCCAUCGCUCCCCAGUGGCUGCUGCGUUUGGCUGCUUUCUGCCCAUUGAUGGUCCCGCUAGCUGGACAGCACCUUGGGGUGGCAAAAUGCAGCAUCGUAUGCAACAACAUGACCCCGAAGAUCCCUGUGGCUUUACUCAUCGGCUAUCGGUGGAACCAGGAAUCUUGCGGCAAACCCGCCAUCGUCUUGGAGACGAAAAGGCACAAGCGCUUCUGUGCUGACCCCCAGGCGCCAUGGGUCCAAGAGGCUAUGAAACACCUUGACCGCCAGGCUGUUGCUCGGACCCCACACAGCGGCACAUUCGAGAAGCAGAUCGGCGCGGUGAAGCCCGGCGCCAGCACGGUGAAGCCAGGGACCACGGCAGCUCCCAGCGGGAUGCCCGAGCCUGCGGUCUCAGAGCCCAGAGCCACGGGGGACAGCAGGAGCCCCGAGCCGACUCCUGCUCCCAAGGAGGCACAGACGACCCUGGGGACCUCCCCAGCGCUGCCCGCUGGGGUGCCUAGCUCCUCGGGGAGUGGCUCCCUUGUCACUCAGAAGCCUCAGGAUGGAAGGCCCCCAGCGGGGCCCACGGGUCCUGAGUUUGUCGACAUGGCCCCUGUCUCUACCGUCGGCUCUUGGCAGACUUCUACACACCAGCACGGGGCCACCGAGUCCCCCUCUGCGGAGACUCCCUCCACGGAGCACCCCUCCACUCGGGCCCUCACCACCUCAUACCCAGCCCCAGAAGAGAACCUUGGGUCUGAAAGCCAAUCUCCAGGGGCCCCUGCACUGAGCCCCAGGCCAGGGGACCCUCAAAGUACCUGGGAGACAGUGCCCAUGGUCACUCACACGGGUGCCUUCCAGGACGGGGGUGCUGGCAGCAUGGCCUACGCUUCUGUGGUCCCUGGCUCCUCUGAAGGGACCCCCAGCAGGGAGCCUGCGGCCUCAGGCAGCUGGACCCCCAAGGCCGAGGAGCCGGUCCAUGCCACUGUGGACCCCCAGAGGCUGGGUGUUCUCAUCACUCCUGUCCCUGACUCCCAGGCGGCCACCCGGAGGCAGGCGGUGGGGCUGCUGGCCUUCCUCGGCCUCCUCUUCUGCCUGGGGGUGGCCAUGUUCGCCUACCAGAGCCUGCAGGGCUGCCCCCGCAAGAUGGCGGGGGAGAUGGUGGAAGGCCUGCGCUACGUGCCCCGGAGCUGUGGCGCCAACUCCUAUGUCCUGGUGCCGGUGUGAGCCGCUGCCCACCUGCCCGUGCCCAUGUGUUUGGUCGAGAGCUGGCCGGGGGUCCCACCCGUCCUCCCUCACCUCUCCCACAUUCCGGCCUGGGCUGGGAUCAUCGGAACAGGGAGGCUGGACCCUCCCUGUGUGAAUUGCUCCGAGCCCAGGGUAGCCCUUGGCCAUUCUUGACCUCUUAGGGGAAGCAGGGGUGGCCUCCCAACUGCCCUGAAAUCUGAAGACUCCUCUGCUGCUGGCUGGUUUGAGGCUCCCUCUGACACUGUCCCAGCCCCAGUGAACAAUUAUUUAUUGAGUGCCCAGCCCCCUCGGACCCAAGACCUCCCUCUCGGCCCUCUCGUGGGCUCCCUCCCACCCCGUUGCGUCUCCUGGUCCUGCUGCAGUUACCGGUCCCCGGCCACCUGCGGUGCUAUCUCCCCGCGCCCACCUUGGGCCGAGCCCUUUCUUGCAUGAGGCCAGUGCAGUGCUUCCUGGGUCUGCUCCCAGCAGAAGUGCUGCCCUCCGCGAGGCAUCAUGGGAAGGGGAAAGGUGACCUUAGUGUUUGCCCUCCUCCGUCUCCAGUGUGCAGUGAAGGCACCUUGGCUGUGAGGCCGAAGGCUGGGGGUCUAGUCCUGCCUCGGCCCUCGGCCCAGCAAGGGCUUCCCCUCUGCGAAAGGGAAGAGGGGGUAAGUGGCCAUGGCUGUGGCCUGUGCCCGUGACGUCCCUGGCUGACCCCAAGCUCCCUUUCUGUAGACCCUGGGGCAGCGUCACAGUCUGAUCAGCAGAGUCCCUGAGCAGCGUGGCUAUGGCCCCUGGGACCUAGGGAAUCCGCAAGGGAGGAAGUGGCGAGCCCAGGUCCUGCCUCCCUCCCCCCAGGUUGGGGCUGGGCAGGGGUGGGGUGGGGAGAGUAGCAGGAGCAAGGAGGAGGAGCCAGGCUCACACCCUGCCGCAGCCCCGCCAGAGGCAGGAGCAGGGGCGGGGACAGAGUGGGCGUGGGCAGCAGGAGGGCCCAGGGCAAAGCUAUGGGCGCUUCUACACUCUGCCCUUCUACACGCUGCCCUUCUACACUCUGACUGCAGGCGGCCGGGCCCUGUCGUCCCCGGCCCCUCAGGCUCCUUCCUGCGGCCUGGGGUCCCCUCCCACCUCGGUCAUCCCUGAAAACACUGCUCUGUGCACUCCAGGAUCUUCUCCCCUCACCUCUGCCCCACCAAGGCAGGGCCCGGCAUUUCUGGGUUGGUGUCUGUGGGCCCCAUCCAGGUGGGCUUCUGGGGGGAGGGGAAGGUGUGAUGACCUGAAGUCAGGGGUUCCUUCCUUGGCUGUGGGAGGGGGCCAGGCUGGCCAGCACCCCCUGACCAGUGCUCACCCCUCCGGGUCCCUGAAGGCAGCUCAUCCCUCCCUCCAUUGCCCCUGAUAGCGACCCUUGCCCUCUCGUGGGUUGGGCUUCACCCAGUGCCAGUGACGCGCUCCCUGGCAGGUGCAUGCUCCAAGAGGAAACCCCAGCCCCGCCCCGAGGGAGGAAGACCAGUUUCCCUGCCCACCUGCCCUGUGUGGGAGGCCCAGGACCUGGCUCGGGUCAUUGAUGGCUCUGAGGCAGAUGGCAGGUCUCAUGCCCUUUGUCCUGGCCUCAGGCCCCACCCCCCACCCCGUAAGGCAGCUGCUGUGGUUCCCUGGAGCCUGACAUGGCCAAGGGCAACCUGGGGAGGGCGUUGGAAGGAAUUGGUUGAUCCUCCGGCUUUCCCAACCCUCAUCACCAAUGUCUGUGCCAUUUUGUAUUUUACUAAUAAAAUUUAAAAGU